CAAAUUCCAACGCAUUGCAGAGAUAACGCUAAAAAUAGCGAUUAACACACCUGUGCGGUCUCCAGAAAAAGAGCCGAAAACCGGAAAUGACGUCACACGUUGUGUAUGCUACAUGUGUUCAGUGUUGAACACAAUGUCUAAGAGAAUAUCUGGGAAGUUUUGUGUAGCAGCGGGUUGUACGUCAACCAAUCGUGACAAUGUGUCUCUCCACGAGUUUCCGAAGGAAGAAAUUCGCCCUGAAAUUCGGCGACUGUGGAUUACUUUUGUGAAAACAAAAAGAAAAGACUUCACAAACCCUACCAAGUAUUCCGUGCUUUGUGAAAAACAUUUCGCACCGAAGUGCUAUCCUCAGGAAUAUUUGAUCAAAGAAUCUAUGGGUUUCGAAGUAAAGAGGAAAAGUUUGUUACCAGAUGCAAUGCCCACAGUUCACACAGUUGAUGUGUCUUGUCCAGAAAAAAGACCGAAUCCUUAUGCAUCCCCCUCUCACCAGGGAGCUUCAGAGCGUCCCUCGCAACCCAAAAAAAUGAGAGCUGCCUUUAGAAAACGUGAAUGUAUGAGAGUUCUCCAGCCCGAAAGCAGUGCCAGCGUGAAAAAUAAUGAAUCAGUCGAGACUGGAGCAGAUUCAUGUAAUGACUUGGAUAAAUCUGAACAGAGUAAGACCCGGACUGUUGGGAUGCAAGUUAACAGGAAGCCAGUAUUUAAAAGAUCAAAAUACUCUCAAGUCAAGCCUCAAUUGAAAGAAAAGGGAGUUCAAGUUGACAUCAGAGAGAGACCCAAGAUGAUUAGUGCAGGGACUCAAUGUAACAGGGAUUUAGAAGAGUUCGAGCUUUCAAGAAAACGAAAAAAACCUAAAUUGACGCAAAGAUCAUAUAUGAAUGAUGAUGUUGACUACACUGCUCCCAUUUACACAGAUGAACGGAACAAAGACUCGGAUUAUGAGCCCAACUUAUCAGAUGACUCACUGUCAGACACCUAUUCUGAAGAAAAUAGUCAAAGUGAAGGUACAGGAGUGUGGAAUGAAAGAAAAUUCAUUGUAUUUGAAUCCAACCUACUCGAGCUAUUCCGCUACUGUUCAUCUUGUUCAUCUGUGACCUUAUUUGCUGUCAAGAAAAUUUUAGGGUCCUUGGUUCAAGUUGAGCAAAUAUGUGGCAGUUGUGGACAUCAUAGGAUAUGGAACAGUCAACCAAUGACUGGGUCUAUUCCAUCUGGAAAUCUACUUUUAUCUGCAGCUAUUCUGUUUACAGGCUUACUUCCAUCAAAAGCUCUUAGGUUUUUGGAACAUCUGCAUAUCCAGACUAUUACAGCCAAUACAUUUUUCCAACACCAGAAGCACUAUCUCCAUCCCUCAAGCAAUGAAGUGAAAAGUAGCUAUCACAUGGAAAAGGAAGGGUUUAUUAGGAGCACAAACCAUAUUCAGGAAAGAGGGAUUAAAAUCAAGGAGAUCAUAACUGACAGACAUGUGCAGAUUGUGAAACACAUUCGAGAAGAAAUGCAAGAAACAGUCCAUCACUUUGAUGUAUGGCAUGUAGCAAAAGGAUUAAAGAAGAAGCUGACUGCUAUGUCCAAAGAAAAAGGGUGUGAACAACUUCAAGAAUGGAUCAGGAGUAUAUGCAACCAUUUAUAUUGGUCUGCUGCAUCAACUCCAGAUGGAAAUGGGCGGUUGAUGCUGGAAGAAUGGCAGUCAGUUGCUAAUCAUGUCCAAAAUAUUCACGAACAUGAUGGUGAACUUUAUGACACCUGCCCGCAUGGUCCUUUGGAAGGCAUUGAACGACCCAAAAAAUAG